AGGUAACCCCUGGAUCCCCGCUGCGGCGUCCCUGUUGCAGCUUUCCAAGGUUAAGUUAGGUUGUCCGGGGUACGCUACCUUACCGAACGAAUGAUUCCCCUCGACGCCUGUCAUUGGCGAGAUGAGGGUUGUGUUCCUCUGGGCUCAUGUAUUUUGGCCUGGGGUAGUCGCCGCCGCCAUUCUUGCCUGCCUCUCUCUCCUUCCUCCUGCCAUCAACUCCGUCUCGGAAUCUCAGGUGACUGCAGCGGUUUUUAAUUCCAUAAUAAUCAGCCAGACCUUCUCCACGAUCGUUUCACCACCAGUUUCUAUUCCGGUAUAUCAAUUGCAAUACAUACCAACCACCACAUUUGACUAGCUCGCGAAGAGAGCAUUCCAUCGCAUAACUG